CUCGACUCGCAAAGAUGCAGGCGGAACAGCAGCAGCAGCAGCAACAGCAACAAUCCUCCUCGGCCGCCGCGCCCCUCCCAAUCCUCUUCGCAGAAGACACGCCCUUCUCAGAAUACUCCACCGCAGUCUGGGGCCGCGUCUUCAACGCCCGCCGCGACUUCUCCCGCCGCCCCGCCGCCGUCGUCACCGCCACGCGCAAGGCCCACGUCGUCGAGGCCGUCAAGAUUGCAAACGAAAAGGGGUGGCGCGUGAGCGUUCGCUCGGGAGGGCAUUCGUGGGCCGCGUGGUCUGUUCGCGAUGAGGCGCUGCUGAUUGAUUUGGGGAGUAUGGGCAAGGGGCUGGCGGGGAGUGGGAACGAGGAUGGGAUCGCGUAUGAUUCCAAGACGGGGGUUGUGAGUGUUGCGCCGGCGAGGACGGGGAGGGAGGUGAAUGGGUUUUUGGCGGGGCAGAUUGGCGGGCCUGGGGAUGAUAGUGUUGAGGGGAUGGGGAGAUGGUUCGCUGGUGGUCAUUGUCCUGAUGUUGGGCUUGGAGGGUUUUUGUUGCAGGGUGGGAUGGGUUGGAAUUGCAAGAACUGGGGCUGGGCGUGUGAGAACAUCAUCGCCAUUGAGGUCGUCACGGCCGAUGGGCGGGAGCUCCGGUGCUCAGACACGGAGAACGCCGACCUCUUCUGGGCCGCGCGCGGCGCCGGACCGGGCUUCCCUGCCAUCGUCACCCGCUUCCACCUCCGCACACGCCCCCUGACGGGCAUGUUCCAGUCUCUCUACUUUUACUCCCUCGACCGCUUCGAGGAGAUUCUGAACUGGGUGAUCAAGGUCUGCCCAAAAGCCUCCCCAGAACUCGAAAUCGUCCUCCUCGCCCUCACGCCACCAGGCCAAACCACCCCGCAAAUCAUGGCCAACUUCCUCUCCUUCUCCCCGAACCCGGAAGCCCUCAUCCCCCUCCACUCCUCCCACCCCUCCCGCCCGCUCGCCACCGUCUUCGCCACCCCGACCUCCCUCCCGCAGCAGUACGUCGAACAAGACGCCGCCAACCCGCCCGCGCACCGCUACAUUUCCGAAAACGCCUACGUCUCCAACGACGCUGACGUGCCCAAGGUUUUAAAGAAGGCGUUUACGGAGCUCCCUACGCCGCAGUCGUUUGCGUUGUACUUUUCCAUGAACCCUUGCUCUCGGCGCGCGCAGCAGUCACAGGGCGAGACUUCGUCGUCGUCUAACGGCACCAGCAACGGCGCGGCAAAGACCACCAUGCCUGAUAUGGCUCUCAGCAUGCAGUCAGACCACUACUUUGCCCUCUACACGAUCUGUCCGGACGCCGAGGACGACGAGCGGUGCCAGGGGUGGGUGAGCGACGUCAUGGCCGGCGUCGAGAGGCACGCGGCGGGUUCGUACCUGGGCGACGCCGACUUCCGGUACCGCAGGACCAAAUUCUGGGGCGACGAGCAAGGGAAGAGACUGAUGGAGGUGCGCAAGGUAUGGGAUCCCAAGGGGCGGAUUGCGGGCUUUUUGGAUGUUGAGGAUGGGAGUGGUGUUGAGGGGUUGAAGAAUGAGUUUGAGUGGGCUUGAGUACGCUUUGCUUUUUCUUCCUUUGCCACUUGUUCUUUUUGAAAGGGAGUUUUCAACCUUUGUUUGUCAUUGCUUGGGCGUCGAGACGGACGCAUAUAUAUAUAUAUACCUGUUGCCGAAAGAUAUCCUGUUCGCAGAGUACAUUAUACAAAAGGAGGGAGGCCUAUGAGAUGCGAAUUGGUGUAGACAGCCGUGGAUGAGGGUAGUUAGUCAUCACUGCUUGUUCUGGAAAGAGAACAAGACCUGUUGCCGAACUACAAUCCUGUAAAAAUAACUCACGAGAUGAUGCAAGGACAGGUGCAUGUCAAGAAUAACACGGUAUGAACAAAAUGUGGUUUUUUGAUAUGUUUACUUCUAUAGUAUUCAUCCACGUCGU